AACCGGACGGGAUAUCAGAUCGGUUUGCCAUACCAUGAAACCAAACCGUAAGAUAGAAUUGAACCACUCGGUACGUUCUUUUAUCCGUCUCCCGUAAAUGAAAACGAGACGAGAUCAGACGUGAGUCGUGAACUGUAAUCGAAGGGAGGGAGGAAAAUGGCGUUGAGCUCGAUGACAUGGGGUUACGCAAGGAUCAUAGCCGGAACACUUCUCGGUGGAACUCUCGGAUUCUACGUGAUGCACCGCGUCGAAGUUAGCUAUAAGAUGAAGAUGGAGGAAGCGUUAAAGCAAUACGAGAAGGACAUGAAGAAGAGACAAGAAGAAGAGAAUCUCGGUCAGUUCGGUGAAGAUUCUGCUUAGAUUUGCCUGGGAGCAUGCAGCCAAAGUGUUCGAUGAAAUGCCUAAACGAGAUUCUUUCUUGUUUUCUCCUUUUUUACUCUUUUUCUUUUGCUGUAGUUUCCGGUUUGGUUUGGUUUGGUUUGGUUGGCGUUUUGAGAAAUAUGUUUGCUUGCGAGGGUUCUGUUUAUAGAGCAUGCAGCCAAAGUGUUAGAUGAAAUGCCCAAACGAGAUUCUUUCUUGUUUUCUCCUUUUUAUACUCUUUUUCUUUUGCUGUAGUUUCCGGUUUGGUUUGGUUGGCGUAUUGAGAAAGUACUAUUGAUUUUGGUUUAAAAUCUAUAUACCAGCAAAUGGACCACCAGAGAAACAGCGAUACUAUAUGUUUUUUUGUGAGGGUUCCAUUGGUUUUUCUUUUAAAGAAUAAAUUCAUAGACUGAAGUGAAAAGUACGAAUUAUUAAUAUAUAAGAAUACGUUAGUUGGUC